AAACAUGGCAGUACAGUGGUUUGCAACAUGACAGCUAUGUAAGACACGUUAUUAUACCCCGGGUACAGCUAGCAGACUGCUAAUCUAGCUAGCUAGCUAGCUUUAUAGGUAUAAUGAAGUGCCUUACUGUAAGUUAGCGAAGCUAGCUGGCUAAACACAAGUAAUGACGCAAGGUUUGGGGCCUCACACAAUUAAAAUUGGAAACAUUUUAUUAAAAACGCCGAACAAAGGGAAGCGUCGCCAUACGAAACUUCAGGACGUCUUACGUAGCUUUGGCUAACUAACACGAGCCACUGGGUGAUCUGUCCUCCCUGACAGCAGCACUGACAGCAGCACUGACAGGCUGCCGGCCACAGCAUGGACUCCAGUGGGAAGCCCUCCACUGCACAGAUUGUGGUUUUAGCCACCAGCUCGGCCCUGACUGCAAUCUUCUACUCCAUUUACAGGAACAGAUCCACGACCGUUGCACGACUAAAGGAAGCUAAGAAAGUAUCUAUUGAUAAGGAACUCAAAGGUAUUCUGUCUGAAACCCCUGGGAGAUGUAUCCCGUAUGCUGUUAUAGAAGGGGUUGUGAGGACUGUGAAGGAAACACUGAGCAGUCAGUUUGUGGAUAACUGCAAAGGUGUCAUUGAAAGACUGACGCUGAAGGAGGAAAAGAUGGUCUGGAAUCGCACCACUCAUAUCUGGAACAGCACAGAGAAAGUUAUCCAUCAGCGCACCAACACUGUACCGUUUGGCCUUGGUUCCCAUGAUGAAGACGUCACUGCCACAGUUAGGGUCAUUCGUCCUUUGGAUGCUGCCGAGUUGGACCUGGAGACUACCUACGAGAACUUCCACCCCACAGUUCAGUCCCUGUCCAGUGUUAUUGGCCACUUCAUUAGCGGCGAACGACCCAAGGGCAUCCAUGAAACGGAGGAGAUGCUGCGGCUGGGAGAAAGCGUGACGGGCGUGGGGGAGCUGGUCCUGGACAACAACCUGAUCAAACUCCAACCUCCCAAGCAGGACCUCCAUUACUUCCUCACCCGACUGGACUACGAAUCUCUGCUGCGGAAGCAGGGGAGCGCCGUCAAAGUGUGGAGGAUCCUGACGAUCGUGUUCGGCGUCACCGCCUGUUCCACGCUCCUCUAUAUCCUGUGGAAACGGUACCUGCAGCACAAACAGAGUAAGAAGGAAAGGAGCACGCUGGAGGAGUUCAAGGAGCAGCAGAAGAAACGGAUGCGUGAACUCAACAUAGAGGAAAGCAGCGUGUCCCCCAGCAGCUGUUCUGUCUGCCUGAGCCGGGAACGCUCCUGCGUGUUUCUGGAGUGUGGACACGUGUGUUCAUGCACACAGUGCUACGAGGCUCUGCCUGUGCCAAAGAAAUGCCCCAUCUGCAGGGCAACUAUCGACCGGGCGGUUCCUCUAUACAACAGCUAAUGCCCAUAUCAAUACAGGAGUUUGUGAAGAAGCAUGCAGUGUGUACCUACACAACAUUCUACUAUCAUGGUACUAAUGGAAAUAUACUUAAAGAGUAUAAACAGGACUUGAUUUGUGUUGCACUUUUUAGUUAUCACCAAAAUGUUAAAACCCAAUUAAAAAUCUGUAAUUUGUCAUGACAGAGAGUUGAAGCUUUAAUCUUGAUAAAGGAAUUUUAAUUCUUUUUAUUUUCA